UAAGAAAAUAGUGCGGAAGUUUAUCUGCACCUGCACAAUGGGUGGCGUUACCGCGUGUGUUAUCUUCAUGCUCACGUGGACGCAGUGUUAAAAGAAAGGUAAUAUGGAGUCAGUGUCAGCCUUCUCGGUAUAUGCAGGAAAACGUAAGAACACGGAACAGUUGGUGAGCGGAAAGAUAAAGAAACGGAACUUGCAGAAAGUUUCCAAUAAAAAGAGCAGAAAACAGAAAGAUGUUAAACAAACGGACAACGCGAACCAACAGAUGCAACGUAAAGAUAAAAAGAUAAAAUCCACAAGAAAAUUGAAUGAUGUCAAUAAAGCAAAAUCAAACAAGAUAAAUAACAUUCGAAAUACGCAUAGAAAAUUGAAAUUAAAAGCAAUAAAGGAACGGAAAAAGAAAAAUAAAAAGAAUAAUUCUGUCAAAAGAGAACCUAUUCAGACUGACAAGAUAUUGACAAGGGAUAUUGAAAUAGGAAACAGUGACAACGAUUCAAGUGAUACAAAUUGUACAAGUCCUUUAGGUAAUGCAAGUAAUGAAAUAAAUGAAAAAUAUGACGAUGAUCAAAAUCUUAAUGAAUUAAAAGCAACAAAGGAACGGAGAAAGAAAAGUAGAAAGAAUUCUGUCAAAAGAGAAGCUACUCAGAUUAACAAGAUAUUGACAAAGGAUGUUGAAAUGGGAAACGGUGAGAGCGAUUUAAAUGAUACAAAUUGUACGAGUUCUUUAAACAAUGAGAUAAAUGAAGAAGAUGAUGAUGAUCACAAUCCUAUUGAAUUCAGUCGACAUUUAUUCCAGUGGUUGUUGCAGCCUAUAAAUAUAGAAACCUUCUUCAAAAAAAAUUGGGAAAAGACUCCGUUGUACGUGAAAAGGGAUAUGCCUAAUUUUUAUAAGCACCUUGUAUCGACGCCUUUAUUGGACCAAGUGUUGAGAAAGAAUCAUAUUUUAUUCACCAAAAAUAUUGACAUAACAUCCUACUCUGAUGGAGUGAGAGAGACUCACAACCCUCCCGGUCGCGCUUUGCCGAGCGUUGUUUGGGACUAUUAUCAGAAUAAGUGCUCCAUAAGGAUGUUAAAUCCUCAAACAUUUAUACCCGCGAUACACGCGAUGAAUGCUACCCUCCAAGAAUUCUUCGGCUGUUUCGUUGGCGCCAAUUUAUAUCUCACACCACCUAAUAGCCAAGGUUUCGCGCCUCAUUACGACGACGUAGAAGCAUUUAUAUUCCAAAUCGAGGGUCAAAAGAGGUGGAGGCUGUACAAGCCACUUAAUGAGAACGAAUUUUUACCGAGGUACUCUUCUAAGAACUUUGAUCAGUCGGAGAUCGGAGAGCCUAUACUGGACACAAUUGUCAAAGCUGGGGAUUUGUUGUAUCUACCGCGGGGAACCAUCCACCAAGGAAUGACUCUCGAAGAUACUCACAGCUUGCACAUCACGUUAAGUGUGUAUCAAAAAAACAGUUGGGUCGACUUGCUUGAGAAAGCGCUUCCACAGGCUCUGCAGCGAGCUGCCGAAAACGAUAGCCGUUUUCGUCAGGGGCUGCCCCUGAAUUAUUUGAAAUACGUCGGCACUGGGUGUAACACGAAUGACCGAAAGGAUGUUUUUAAGAACAAUAUUAAGAAUUUGAUUGGUCUACUGCUCGAACAUAUUGAUGUUGAUAACGCGGCCGAUUUGAUGGCCAAAGACCACAUCCACGAUUUUCUACCUCCUUUUCUGAUGAAGAAGGAACGGAAGUGUACAGUGGCGGAAGACGGUGAGAUUAUGACCAACGACGGGGUCGUCAAGAACUGCGCGGAAAUACUGCCUGAGACAAGGAUACGUUUGUUAAGAUUGCAUUGCAUGAGGUUAAUAAAAGAAGAUACAUAUAGGAUAUAUUAUUCCACCGAAAAUUCGAAAGAAUAUCACGAAUAUGAGCCGCAGUUUUUGGAAGUUGACGAAAAAUAUGUGCCCGGAAUUAAGAAAAUGAUAAUAACCUACCCUAAUUUUAUAUCUGUGAAGGAACUGCCAAUAGAAGAUGACGAAGAGAAGAUCCAAAUAGUGAAGGAUCUCUGGGAAAAGGGUUUAAUCUUAACGGAGGAGCCUCUGUGUUGACCUACAAAUUAAUUUUGUUAAGAAGAAUAAAUAAGCCAAAAGCCAGAACUAUACGAAGCUGUUCAUACAAAUGUCUGCAAUAUAUGUUACAUAGGUAAUUUAUUUGCUCCGAAAAUAAAGUUUUGAUUCAGCAUUCGCACGAAA